AUGUCUUCAUCAGGGUCAAUCGUAACUCUCUCUGCGCCCACCCAGCGACUGAUGUCUGUCGCAUCUCAUCUACACAGUCAACGAUCCAAAGUUGUCGUAUGUCGCAACCUGGGACCCGAUGUCAUGUCCAUUCUUGAGGCAAGACCAGAGCUAGAUUUGGUUGUGUGGCCGCAGGACAGCGCCUGUGAACGGUCGUGGUUGAUGGAGAAUAUACCUGGUGCGACUGGGGUGAUUGUCAUGCUCACGGACAAAGUUAAUGCAGAGCUUCUGGACAAGGCUGGAUCUUCUUUGAAGGUGGUAUCCACAAUGUCCGUUGGAUAUGAACACAUCGACAUCAAGGAAGCAGCACGACGUGGUCUAAAAGUGGGAUAUACUCCUGACGUCCUGACAGAUGCAGUUGCUGAUCUAUCGGUCAUGCUCGCUCUCAUGGCUGGCCGAAAUGGAGGCACCGGUGUAGACCUUGUGCAAAGGGGCCAGUGGGGAAAUUUCUCAUGGGCUCCUUUUGCCUUGUGCGGACCACAACUCAGUACCACGACCGCGUCGCCCACCAGGAAAAUCGGUUUUCUAGGUUUUGGACGAAUUGCACAAGCGACGCUAGCGCGCCUGGUUCCGUUCGGGAUCACACACUGCUUGUAUUCCUCAAACCCAUCCUCACUUCCAAAUUACGCUCGGGAUGCUGCGCUCGCAAAACAACACAAGCUUCAAGCAGUCUCAAAGGUAGACAUCGAUGAACUUGCGCGGGAAAGUGACGUUCUCUUUGUGCUUGCUCCUGGAGGGGGCGAAACGUAUCACAUUGUAAAUGAGACACUGCUUAGGAAGAUGAAAUGGACCAGCAUCCUCGUGAACGCGAGUCGCGGAACGUUAGUUGAUUCAGAUGCUCUGGCGAAGGCUCUGAGAGAAGGAUGGAUCUGGGGAGCUGGAUUGGAUGUUGUUGAAGGGGAACCUAAUGUCACGAUUGAUCAUCCUCUUGUUAAAGAGCCGAGAUGUGUGAUAGUGCCUCAUAUUGCAAGCGCUACACUGGAAACUCGAGUAGAAAUGGCAACUCGUGCUGUACAGAAUCUGAUUGGGGCGAUACUAGGAUGGGAGAUGCCUUCUCAGGUCAAUCUGUCCAAUGUAUUGUAA